CGGAGGGAGGAACUCAUGCGAAAUUAAAUAAACGCGAAUUACUUCAUGCCGCGAAGGAGGAUGAAAGAGACAGUCGAUAAUCAGUGAUCGAUACAGGCGUCAUGAUGUAAAAUCUGCAAACGUUCCGAUACUUUUUGGACCUGCGAAUCCUUUUUCGGCGAUACCCUCAAAAUUGCGAGAUAAGAUUGUCCGAUUAUGAAUCGCGAACUCAAUAACACUGUAAUGUGCAACUGCAACGACACCGGCCCGGUCACGGAGGAGUAUCAUACCGCCCCCUCGGAUUUCGCAGCAUCGAUGCCGCAAGAAUGGCGCACGUCUACGCGAUACGAGGCGGCGGACACUACGCCGGAAUUUCCCUCGACGCCGCCACAAAGGAUACGACGAGGAGACUAUCGACGUCCGCAAGACGCCCCCGUAAGACCCAUGCCGCGCAGGCGAAAUCUCACAGGUGUGGCCAUUGUUCCGCGACGAAUCGACUUUGACGCCGUAACGGACACCGAAGAUGACGAGGAAGACGUGGGGUACUCGACGACGGAAACGGUGCAACGAAUUAGCAGCGUGACGGAGCACUCUUACAUCCCCGAGACGAGUACCGUUCCCGGGACGUACAGACUGAGACGCACACGACCGCCGCAACAUCCGCAGGUGUUGAGACAAUACACGCCGAGAAUGACGAGGAUCACUCCUUGUGGGAAAUGCCUGAGAAUAUGAGGGCACGUCAUCGAAGACACAUCCACGUGGCGCGACAUUUAAUCAGGACCGGCUAAGGACGGCUUACUUGGCUCGCUCGUCGAAAUUCACGAGCGCGAAUCAUUCUUACGUGAGCUGCACGGGGCGGCGGCGGCGGCGGGCCGAAGCGAAGCGAAGGUGGGCAUCGUGAGACGUGAGAUCGCCCGUGUUUGAGAAUGUUUAAUGCAUGGACCACGCGGUCGUAGGUAGGUGAACGGUUACCCGAUGUUUGUAUGGCUGUACUCCCAGCGCGGAUCCCGGAACCCCAAAGAUAUCGUAGAAGUACUGCGCAAACACUCCGGCUGACUGUUUCUCAAUCAGAGUCGCGUAUACGGAAGGCGACGGCCGCAGCGGCGCGCGCUCGGUGCGCGCCUGUUUUCACGGUCAUUCCAUUUCCCAAGUGCGCAAUUUGUCAUCGUGUAAAGCGCGCGCGAGCUCUUAAAUCCACCCAAUUCGAAAGAUACGACUUCGUGUUCGCGUCGCGCGUCGUAAUGCGAUCGACAUGUUUCCCGGCGUAAUCGCGGAAAUUCGUCAGUGGUCAAGUGGUCAGAAUCUACACGCGAUAAUCGACGAUAUAUUCCGGUGAGACUGAACUCGACAUCGAAUCCUUGGAAUAAAAUUCACUGGAAACAAGUCAAACUGUGCUGUCUCUCUUUGAGACUUGCGUCAACGCAACGUCCAUACACUGCAUCCCGCGCAGUCGAGUGACUACUUAGUACGAAUCCUCAUUAAGCAAGGACGAAAACAGGGACACGUCCCUGCAUCUCCGCGCGUUACCGUCUCCGACCGAGGACGGUCUCGAUCGACACGACGAGUCCUCCUCCUCCUCCUCCUCCUCCUCCUCCGAAGGAGGCGUCACGUAUUUUCACGUAUUUCGCCUCAGAGUCACCUUUGCACCAUUGCCACACGUCGCACGGAGAAUGGGCGGCGAGACGACGGCGCGUGCACGGACAAAACGGGCACGCGAAGACG